AUGUUUCAUAUUUUCAUCCAUAAUAGCUGUAUUUUAAUGACUAUUUCCUCAAAAAUCCUUUUUGACUUUAAUUUUUUAUAGUUGUUUAGGAAGAAGAAUAUUAAAUUGUAUUGGAGCAAAAAAUAGAUCUGGCAAAAAAAACACAUCAAAAAUUGCAAAUAAACUAUCAUAUUUAGCAUUUCUAAAAAUUGUAUUUUAACAUGGAUUUCUUACAGCAUUAUUUCUUAGUGUAAAUUUCUAUAUAAUGAUGUUUUAAAAAAAAUUAAAGAUGUAAUAUAUACUCAGAUUUAUAGUAGGACAUACUAAAAAUAUUCUUGGUUUAUUCUGCUUAUAAUAUUUAUCCAGAAUAUUUUUUGUAUUUAAUAUUAACUGUCAAAGGACAUUAUUGUGUCUAAUUUUAAGGGUUUAUUUGUUUUAUCAAACAAUAGUUGUGUUUCAAGGUUUUAAGGUACUUUUUAUAAUGGGUUUAUUUUGCUAUUUCUUUGAUAAAAAUUAUUAUAUAUUUAUUUCAAUUAAUGAAAAGAAAAUAUCAUAAAAAACUUGAGUAGAUCGAUAAUGAAAUAGAUUUAUAAAAAAGAACCAUUAUUAAAGUUGAUAUCUUAAAAGAUUUUCAAACAAGAUCUAAGAAUAAUCCUGUCAAUUAAAAUUAAAAUAACAAAUUUAUAAAAGGAGAGGAGGUUUAAAAAAAAAAAAUUAUAAUAAAGGAAGCAAAAAUGAAACCCAAUUGUAGUUAAGUAAAUCUACAUCUAAAUGUAAAAAUAACAAUUUAUUAUUUAAAUAGGUUUUUAGCAAUAAUCAAAAUAAUCAAGGUUUUUAUUCAGAAAGAAAUCAUUAACAUCAAGCCAGAAUUAUAAGAGAAAAUUAAAAUAACAAUAUAAAAAAAUCUACAUCAAAUAUUCUAUUGAAUAGUUAGAACAAACAAGGAUCCAAAUAAAUGGUCAAUAGAUUAAAUCCUUUAAACCAUUAAAAUCCUUAAACCUCAUCUUUGGAUUCAUUAAUUAUUUUUAAUUAAAAUUUGAGAUAGCUUGAUAGCCAUCAACUCGAAUAAAACACUCCUGAUAUUAACUUGAAUUCUAAUAUUUAAACAUAAGAAGUCAUAGACAUACCUUAUGAAAAACGAUCGAUAUAUAAAGUUAAUUGGCUAAAUAGGUUCUAGAAAAUAAGUUAAAACAUAAGUCUUUAUGAAUUACAAAAAGAAUAAAGAAAUUUCAUUUCUCAACAAAGUAAGUUGUAGUAUCUCAAAUUAGUAGAUAGCCUUAUAGUUCAACCCGUAAAAACUGAAAUUGAGACGAUUCAUAGUAUCCAAAAAAAACUGAGGUUCAAGCAAUUUGAACCGAUUUAUGAAGUUGCACUUCCUAAUGAGAAUUAAGAUGAAAUGUUUUAAACUAUAUCAUCAACCUAAUAUUAAAGGUGCAAUAAUUGUAUGAGACUAUCAAAAUAUAGUUUAUUUUAAUUGUGUUGCUCUCAUUAUUAUCAUAUAGAAUGUUUGGAAUAAAUUAUUACAAAGAAUAUAACAUCGGGUAAUACUAAAUUUUUUUGUCUAUGUAACAAAAAAAUUGCUUAGAAAAUAAUUCUAAAUUUACUUAAAGAUAAUAAAUAAAUGAUAAAUACUCUAUUUAAUAAUUAAUUAUAGUAUUUGAUAAAAGAAUUUUAAAAGGAUAAAAGAAAUGCUCAUAUUUAAUUUGAUAAAUAUCCUUAGAUUUAAGUAUAAUAAGGUAUUAUAGUAUGGGAAUGA